AUGGCUGAAGGCGCCGGAGGAAUUGACCGCAAGGCGGACGAGAGGAUGGAGUUCUCCACCUCUAAAGAAGUCACCGUCCACCCAACUUUCGAAUCCAUGUCUUUGAAGGAGAACCUUCUUCGCGGUAUCUAUGCGUACGGUUACGAAUCUCCGUCGGCUGUUCAAUCCCGAGCCAUCGUGCAAGUAUGCAAAGGACGCGACACCAUCGCGCAAGCACAGUCUGGUACCGGCAAAACGGCGACCUUUUCGAUCAGUAUGCUGCAGGUUAUUGAUACCGCUGUGCGCGAAACCCAGGCCUUAGUGCUUUCGCCCACCAGAGAGCUUGCUACUCAAAUCCAGUCCGUCGUUAUGGCGCUCGGCGACUACAUGAAUGUGCAAUGUCACGCUUGUAUUGGUGGUACCAAUGUUGGUGAAGAUAUCCGCAAGCUUGACUACGGCCAGCACAUCGUUUCCGGUACCCCUGGACGUGUUGCAGACAUGAUUCGAAGACGACACCUGCGCACAAGACACAUCAAGAUGCUGGUGCUGGAUGAAGCUGAUGAACUGCUCAACAAGGGUUUUAGGGAACAAAUUUACGAUGUGUAUCGAUAUUUGCCCCCAGCCACCCAGGUCGUCGUAGUCAGCGCCACCCUGCCGUACGAUGUAUUGGACAUGACCACAAAGUUCAUGACUGAUCCGGUCAGAAUUCUCGUCAAGCGUGAUGAGUUGACCCUCGAAGGUCUGAAACAAUACUUCAUUGCUGUUGAGAAGGAGGAUUGGAAGUUUGAUACCCUGUGCGAUUUGUACGACACCUUGACCAUCACGCAAGCUGUCAUCUUUUGCAACACCCGUCGCAAGGUUGAUUGGCUGACCGACAAGAUGCGCGAGGCCAACUUCACUGUCAGCAGCAUGCACGGCGACAUGCCCCAAAAGGAGCGAGACAGCAUUAUGCAGGAUUUCCGACAGGGCAACAGUCGAGUUCUUAUUUCGACGGAUGUUUGGGCCCGUGGUAUUGAUGUGCAACAAGUCAGUUUGGUUAUCAACUACGACUUACCCAGCAACCGUGAGAACUACAUCCACCGUAUCGGUCGAAGUGGUCGAUUCGGUCGCAAGGGUGUUGCUAUCAACUUUGUCACUACGGAAGAUGUGCGCAUUCUGCGUGAUAUUGAGUUGUACUACUCAACCCAAAUCGAUGAAAUGCCCAUGAACGUCGCAGAUCUUAUCGCUUAA